GUCUUCGCGACUACGAUACUGUGGCUUAAAACGGCAAAUGAUUCUGCCUUUGGACAAGCCAGCCCACAAACAUCGUACGGUAUGGCGACUGGUUGUUUGGAGACGAAAACAAAAACAGAGACUGCUGAUAUGUACAAUCUCAUCACAGGUAGCAGCACUGUGUCUCUGAAUGUUUUCUGUCACCGUCUAAAAGCAAAUCCGUUCCCAUCGCAGCCUGUACGACAUCAUGCCUGCGUUUGUAGACCUUCCUAAGGAAAUUCUCCUGGAGAUCUCUAAGGUCUGUGGUCGCAAAGAACUCACGACUCUUGCCUUGACGUCCAAGGCUAUGAACUUUGGGGCCACGCGAUACCUAUACGAGACCUUCAACUUAACAUUCGGCCACUAUGGCACCAAUGCCACCCUUACGCUACUCCUGCGCACGCUUCUGGGUCAACCUUCGCUUAGGGUACGCAUCAAGCAUGUCCGGCUGACCUAUAUUCCCGAAACGCGGUUACAAAGAGAUUCAAUUGCCCACUAUGCGUUGCACGCUAAAAUGACAUAUCCUUCGCAGACUGGACAUCACCGCAGUAUCGAGCCUCCAUGUAGCACUAAACCUCAACAUAUUGCUGAGCCUCAACAUAGCUUCCAGAAACAGAACACUAACUCCGAACAAGACGAGGAAUUCGAAAAGAUAGAGGCUAUCAGUUCAACGCUUUUCGAGGCGGCUUCGCAGCAAUUCCAGCUAAGCGGAGUCUUAACCGCCUUGGGUCACAACUGGAAGCACCACGUGCGCAAGGGAUAUGUUGAUGGCCUUGUCGUCUUGCUCCUGAUUAUGCUCACGGAUCCAAGAUCAUUGACCCUGCGAAUUGCUCCGGAGAGGAAGAUGACUAUCCUCAGAAAACUGAUCUGGCAUGCUCACGACACAAACUUCAGUGCCCCGCUCAACCACCUAGGAUCUCUGAUACGCAUUAGCGAUGUCACUGUAGUCCCAUACUACAGAGAUUGCUUGAACGGAGACCACACUCUUCUGAGAGCCCAUGAUUUCUGCUACUUUCCCCAUCUCAAAGAGAUGAAAUUAUCCCUCCUCGAGCACCCGGGGAAGCCCUUCUCUUGGUUCGCCGGCACGCCUUCGCUCACGAGCAUGAAGUCACUGGAGAUUGCGCCAGCUUUGAUAACCGAAGAGACCCUCGACGCCAUCCUCAGCAUGAUGCCGAACCUGGAGCAUCUUCACCUCAUGAUCCACCGUAUGGGACGGAGCCAAUGCUGGCUCUCCCCUGAGCUCAAUCUGGACGCCUUAGCCCAAGCGUUUUCGCACGUCCAAUCGACGCUGAAGACGCUCGUUCUCUCGCUCGCUUUCCUCGAAUACCCAUGCGAACAAGACAAGCAGGACGCACUGACCGGGACGCUGGGCUGGCUCCAGCCCUUCCGCAAGCUCGAGCGCCUCACCAUCUCCCCCGAAGUGCUGUUUGCGGGGCAAGACCUUUGCGGCAGCAACCCCCUCGCGGCGAUACUGCCUCACCAGCUGCGCCACCUGACCAUUCUCGACGACCUCGACUGCCGCGUGCAGAACAAGUGGACGGCGCGCCGGCCGUGGGGACCAGCAUUGCACAAGCUGCUGGUGGCGGCGGGGAAAGGCGAGAUGGCGUGCCUGCAGAGCUUGACGCUGCGGGUGGACGGGGCGUGCGUGUUUGGCGAGACGACGGCAAGCACGACGAAGCGCUUUGGGCAGUCGUUUGCGCAGGCCGCGGCGGCGGGUGUGGCGUGCAGCGUCGUGUGUCGCGUGCAUGAGGCGCUGGACUGUUGGGGGUUUGGGUGCUUGCUUGCUGGCAGGGGUGGGAGGGUCGAGCCGAAUAAGGCGCUGCUUUUGCGGUUGGGCGAUCGUCCGUUUGCGUGUUUUAGGUUUGGGGGGGUUUGAGGUGUCGUGGCGGUGAUGGUGGUGGGGAUUGGUUUCUGAAGGUGGUUUUGGAUGUUGCUAGUUUUGGCCAUGUGGGCUGUUGUCUCUUUGGU